AACUUGUGAGUGUGUUUCGGUGUAAGUUACCAAGUCAAUAACAUUUUCCUUUUCUUGCCCUAAGCACGCUCAGGAGCACUACUCCAAGCAGAAAUACAUAGAUCUAGAGCACUUGAUAUGUCCAAAGCAUCGUUACAGAGAGCGGAGCAGAGAUCUUCGCGCUGUUUGAACUUUGAAGAUCAGUGAUUCUGGGUUUUGCUUUGAGUCCUACAUCAUCCAAACGUUCCAGGUUGCUUAAUUAAGAUAGUGAAACAAUAAAAUGGAGAGACAGAGGAAUAAUAACUCAUUUGAAAACAAAACUGAACAAGAAGAUUUGGCACUGUUGAUAGAAAGCGCAGAGCUUCCGGAAGAGUCUAGUGUGAAAGAGCAUUGUAUCUAUAGAGUACCUCAGAAAGUUCGGCAAAUAAAAGAAGCAGCAUAUACACCUCGUGUCGUUUCAAUUGGUCCCUUUCACCAUGGAGAAAAGAGAUUGAAAUUAAUGGAACCACUUAAAUUGGGCUACCUUAAGAGCUUUCUCCAAGGGACUGGGCUAACAUCACAGUAUUGUAUUAGCAAACUCAAAGAGUGGGAACUAGGAAUUCGGAACUGUUAUGCUGAGAGCAUUCCACUUGAAAGUGAUGUUUUUCUGAAAAUGAUUCUAAUUGAUGCUGGCUUCAUAAUUGAGCUUUUCCUUAGAUAUUGUGACGUGCGCAAUUGGGUAAAAAGAGACCCUUUGUUCUUAAAACCGUGGCUCGCAGAGGAUGUUGCCCACGACUUGAUCUUGCUUGAGAAUCAGCUUCCAUUCUUAGUUCUUGAAGGCUUGUUCAACCUUGCUACUGCCAAUUUUGUGACUGCUGAUUUGCCCACCUUUCUUCAGCUUACUUUAAACUACUUUGCGGACCUCAACCCGCAAAAACUACAACCUGAUGGUGUGAGUUUGCGACAUUUCACUGAUUUGCUGAGGAAAUUUUACUUACCACCAAGUGAAGGAUUACAAGAAAGAUCAGAAGUAGGCAAUAUAUUGGACCAUUUAUAUACUGCAAGUGAGCUAGUGGAGGCAGGAUUGAGGUUCAAGGUUGAUAAAACAAAAAAAUGCUUACUUGAGUUACAAUAUCAUAAGGGUGUCUUGACAAUGCCACGCCUUGAUGUAUCUGAUAGAACUGAGUUUCAUUUGAGAAAUAUAGUUGCAUUUGAGCAAGCUCAUUAUUCUUCUGAGACCUACAUUACCGAUUACUUGAAGGUGUUAGAUUUCCUUGUUGAUACUGAUAAAGAUGUGAAUGUACUAGUUCACAAGGGAAUUAUUACUACCUUGUUGGGUGACAGCAAUGAAGUGGCUACUAUGAUUAAUCGUCUUUGCUCAAAUCUUAUCCAGCCAAAUAUGAACUUGGAAUACCUCUUUAUCUGUAAGCAGUUAAAUGAUUUCUAUGACAAGCCUGUGAAUAAGUGGAAGGCUGGCAUGAUACGUAACUACUUCGACACUCCUGUGAAAACAGCAACUUCUAUUGCUGCAAUGGUUUUACUUAUACUCACCGCUAUCCAAACUGUUUGUACUGUCAUUCCACUCGUGAAGUCUAAUUAGAUGACUUGUACUUUCAACUUUGAAUCAAUAUGAAAUGUUAGUAUGCUCACCAAAGCAUAAAAUACUCUUGUGCACUUUUUAUUUUUAUUUUUGUUAAACUGGGUCUACACACCACUAUCUAAUUGGAUAGGCAUAUUCAAACUUAAGACAAGCCAUUCUUGGUCCAAAACACCCACAACUUCAACCCUUUGUGGAGGAGAGCUUAUAAAAGCCUUUUUUGUUCAAGGGGAACAUGAAGCUCAAGGGGUUCGCCACUAACUGGUCUACAAACCAGUUGUUGGUUAAUUUAAUGUUUCGCACUUUUAUUAUGACCUUAGUGUCAUUGCAAAAAUUUCAAAAAAUUAAGUCACUCGGUAUGUGCUAGGACACACAGUUCCUUAUAAGAUACAAGAACUACACGAUAUGUAUCAACCAAAAAACUAUAACUUAUCGAAUAAAUAGAACCUAGCACACUUUCUUAUAUUGUGUCGUUUUUGUAUUCUAUAGGAAAUUGUGUAUCAUGAUAUAUAGUGGUUGACUCGAUUUUUCGAAAUCUUUGCAGUGACACCAAAAUUAUAAUGUAACUUUUCUUAAGUUCCACGUUUAGGGAAUACAAAAAUAACCUAGGAGUAGCUUAGUCUCCCACUUUAUUUAUAUACUAACAUGACUUGAUGUGUCAAGAGGAAAGAGAUGACAGUAAAGACGCAAACAGUAUAGUACUGGAUUAUUAUUAUCAUCUGUAUAGAUCAAAUUUAAAUUGGAUGCAAUCAAUAAUCCACAUGCAAAUGUUGGCAAACAUGGUUGGCUAGCAGGGUGUCUCCACACCACAGUGGGUAUGAGAUUAAUCCUUGUUCGGGUAUAGAGCUGUAAACGAAAGAUCCUUUCAAUAAGUGCAACUGCAAGACCUUGGACUUGGGACAUUACAACGAGAAAGCCUUUAGGAUAAAGAGAAUAAGCAAGUGUUGGAAAUCUGGGUUAUAUUAUUCACAGUUGUAUAGCUCAAUAUAUACAAAGUUAUAGCGGCAACAAACUAAAGAAUAUUAUCAGUGUCAUCCUACAUUCAAAAUACAAUCAUUUAAACUAGGCUAAGGAUAAGGAUAGGAUGUACAUAAUUCUAGCUGAGGGUAGUUACAGUAAACAUAUGAGUAACAUGUGAGUAAUAUGUGGAUAAUAC